UCCAUGACUGCUCCAUCACUUCUAUGCUAAUACCAUAACAGAGGUCAGUGGUGGAACCAGCACACACUACACAAACUCACAUAACCAUACGGACAGAUAUAACACUUCCAGUGCAACUAGAAGGUAAGUCUACCUGUCUUCUAGCAAUACCUGCAGCAGUGUGUUCAUAUUUUUUCUGUCAUCACUGAGCCUCUGUGUUUGUUUGAGACUGUAAUAAACACAAAAUACUUGAAGCCAAAAUGAAGAGCCUGGAUGAGGCUCCUGGGAGCGACACCGCCGGAGAAAAUCAAUCAUCCCAUUAUGAGAGUCUGCUCCUUGCUGAUCCAUGGAAACCAUGCAGACGGUCCCGAGCAACUGUCAAAGAGUGGCUGUUGAAGCUGAGGUGUUGUUUGGGAACAGUGUGUGGGAUGGAGUGGUAUGGAUACGCUGCUCUAGGCGUUAUGACUGCCGUCCUCAGCUUCCUGAUGGACCUCAGUGUGACAAAGCUGCUGAGAGCUCACCUGUGGCUUUAUACGAAGCUGGAGGGCAACAGUCUGCUGCAGUUCUUCUGUUGGACUCUUUACCCAGCAUGCCUCUGUGCUGUCGCAUCAUCGUUCUCCCACAACAUCUGUCCCUUCUCCACAGGCUCGGGGAUACCAGAGGUGAGAACCAUGCUGGCCGGCAUAGAAAUGCCUCAUUACUUGUCUCUCACUAAUAUGUUUACCAAGUUCCUGGGUCUUAUCUGUACACUGGCAGCCGGCAGCACUGUUUUCCUGGGCAAAGUGGGUCCGUUUGUGCAUCUGUCCACCAUGGUUGGAGCCUACCUGAGCAACCUCUGCAAUCUUGUACAAGACAAUAAGAAGGAAAAAGCUUCUGGAGAAAUGCUGGUCGUAGCUGCUGCAGUCGGCGUAGCGAGCUGCUUCGGCGCUCCCAUCAGCGGUGUGUUGUUCAGUGUGGAAGUGAUGUGGUCCCACUUCGCCCUGAGGCAUUACUGCCCGUGUUUCUUCUCAGCCGUCUGUGGGGCGUUGACCUUCCGCCUGUUCUCAGUGUGGAGUGGAGAUGGAGAGACUCCUCAGGCGUUGUUCAAAACUAAUUUCCCCACUACUUUACCUUUCUACCCGCUGGAGAUUCUGCUGUUUGCUUUCCUGGGGCUGCUGUGUGGAGCCGUGAGCUGCUGCUAUCUCUUCUGCCAUCGGUGGAUGCUACAGUUCACCAAAACAAACCCGAUCUUCAUCAAAAUGCUGACGACAGAGAAGGGUCUGUACUCAGGCAUGGUGACCUUCUUCCUGGCAUCUCUGACAUUUCCUCCCUCUGCUGGUCAAUAUAUGGCUUCUAAGCUCACCAUGAAGCAGCUCCUAACCUCCUUACUGGAUAGCCAGCAGUGGAGCUCUCAAUCCCACAAUGCCUCUUUUCAACUGGGGCCCGAGCCUUUGUUGGAGUGGAGCUCAUCAGGGAGUCCCGUCUUCCUUUCUUUGGCUGUCUUUCUGCUCAUGAAGAUGUGGAUGUUGGUCCUUGCCUGUACGCUGCCUCUGCCAGCUGGAUACGUCAUGCCAGUGUUUGUCUAUGGGGCAGCUUUGGGCCGUUUGCUUGCAGAAGGAGUAGCUUAUGGGUCUUCCAUUGGACUGAUUUCAGGCCAGCAGUGGGCUUCUAUAAAUCCUGGGGGCUACGCACUCGCUGGUGCAGCAGCCUUCUCCGGGGCUGUGACCCACACCUUGUCCCCGGCCCUCCUGGCUCUAGAGUUAACGGGCCAGUUCAGCCAUGCUGUACCCAUCUUCCUCGCCACUCUGCUGGCCAAUGCCAUGGCUCGCUCUGGGCACCGCCCGUCUUUCUAUGACGCACUCUCUAUCAGCAAGAGGCUCCCACACCUGCCCUCUCUGACGAAGGCAUGCCCCCGGCUUCCCUCCACACCAGUCGGACAGGUUUUGGGAGUGAAAUCAGUGCAGCUUCAGAAAGCAGCCGGACAAGUGGAGGUUCAGCAUGCUGUCAACAGCAGCACUGACACACAGAUCCCUGUGGUGGACUCACACGAGUCACAGAUUGUUCUGGGCUUCGUUCUCCGAUCAGAGCUGUUGGUGUUCCUGCGUCAUUGUAAGACUGAGACUGUGGAGAAACAUCUGGAUGACAUCUGCUGCAUUUACCCGACCUCUGUCCUGUUAUCACCUCACAACACCGUUCAGGAGGCCCACAGUAUCCUGAGUCUGGUUGGAGCUCAGACCUUGUUUGUUGCAGACAGGGGAAGGCUGGUCGGGGUCAUCACAUGGCCAGAGAUGAAGAGAAUAUUAGAAGAUUUGGCCAAAGACAUCUAAGCAGAGAGACACAGGAAAUAAGCUCAUCCCUUGACCUUUUCUUUUAAGCAAACAUGAAUCCAUCUCUGUCGUGAUUAGCUGUAACACAAGCCUGGCUCUGAUAAUGAUAUCACUUCUUCAUUGCCCCGAGCUUAAUAAUAUUUGCACACAAACAAAACUGUCAUCAGCCUGGUUGUAAUUAGCAGCAUCUCGUCCACUGAGGAAAUAGCUCACUAUCUCAUUCACUGAUCCACACUUUGUGACACAGAUAUAUUAAAACUGUGUCUACCCAGAAUAAUGUGUGGGGAUGAAAACAGUUUGUAUACCAAUUGAACACCAUUGAAACGUACUUGGGUUAAGUAAACCAUCACAUAUCCACCGCUCCCAUAUUGCCUGGUUUGACAAAGUUGUAUCAACAUCUUGUCAUGAUGCAGAAGGCUAGUGGCUCACUCAACUUCAGUAUUUCACCCCACGAUUUCUUCUUAAAGGUUUGGAGUCCCAAGUUAAAGGUGCUAUGUGUUGAAUUUCAAAAAGGUCUGGCUUUGGCGCCCCCCAGUGGUAGCAUCAGAAAAUUCACUGUGGCGUACAGCAAUGUAUGCCUCUACACCCCCACUGAGAGCAACACAUAGCAGCCCUGUUUCCUAAAAAUUACAUUUCCAUGCGGUGAAUGGGUCAAACAAACACAGGACUUUCCCCCAGGAGACCGCUGUUUGUAUCCCAUGUGAAACCAAAAGUCAACGUUGAGUUAUUUUAAAUGACGUCUGUUUUUUUUUUGUUUUUUUUUAAUUUACAACAUUAAUCACAUGUUUGAAACUCUUUCAAACUGCAACCUUAAUUUGGGAGAAAAAACGUUUCCCUCGACACUUAAUUGAGAAUGCAGUUUAGUUGUAUGGGAACAUCAUUUUAUAGGAGACAGGGUCGCACAUAGACUGCAGAGUGGUAACUCAAAAAAGAAAGAAAAACGUGCCAUCAGAAUUAUGUUCAUUACAAUUCUUCUCAUAGUGGCUUUAAGAUAAAAAAACAUUGAGUGAUUUGUCACAUCAGGAAUAUGACAAGAGUUGCCAUGGUAACGAGGUUCUUGCUCAGCUUAAUCAAGUCUUGAUUGCAGUCCAAAUUACUUUAAGUGCAUUUCUAGUGUGAUAAUUAAAACUGUGUGAAACACUGGAAUGAAAUCAAUCAAAAUAAAAAUGUUUUACAAAAAAGAA